AUGCAGCUAGUAAGUUUGAAUGCAGAUACCUUGUAUGAAUAUCUCUUUGAGAGAUACAUAGGUCUAGAAAGUAAUGCUGCAAAUCUUUCCCAAGACCUGGGUAUUCAAUCGAGAAACGAAGCGGAACUUGACAUCGAUAUAAGUCCCAAGCAGGUAGCACCCGCAAAAUCAGGAAGGAAAACCAAGAAGGUCGAAUUAGAUGAGUUCAACUUCACUAUCAAACAGAACUUAACCUCACUAAAUUCAAAUCGAGAUAAUAACAACUCUACGACGGGAUAUGUGCUAUGGACCACUUCGACAUUCAUUCUCAAAUGGUUACUAUAUAACGAAAAUGCAGUUCUAUUCAGAAGAGGCGAUGAUCGUAUAAAAUCGCUUCUACAAUCCCGACAGGACGAAAACGAGAGAUAUGUCUUGGAAUUAGGAACAGGCAUCUCACCAAUAUUCCCCAUAGCAAUUUCAAAUUACGUUGAGAAAUACGUAGCUACAGACCAGAAGGAUAUAUUACCAAGAUUGAAAUUCAACAUCCAGGAAAACCAAGCUGAAUGCAGGCGAAGAGUACUCACGUCUGAAUCCAUAGAACUGGAUAAUUUGAAAAGACGUACCACAACCGAAUGUCAACUUGAUGUAACAGUUUUGGAUUGGGAAUUAUUUAAAAUAAAUGACAAGACACAGCAUCUUCUACUUCCCGAUGGACCUUCUCACUUAACUAUCAUUGCAAUGGACGUAAUAUACAACGAGUAUUUAGUGACACCAUUUCUCAACACAUUAAAAUCACUUUUUACAUGGUAUAAGAACCUGGGACUUUCAGUGUCAGGACUAAUCGGAAUUCAGCUUCGAACUGAGGAAGUUGUCAGAUUAUUUCUAGAGGAACUCAUCAUUGAGCGCAAUUUUGAGGUUCAUGCCGUGAACGAACCGGAAUUGAAUAGUUCUAGGUUCAUACUACUACAUAUAACACUGCCAUAG